AGGUCUGGCAACUCCGAUGACGCCAUACACCACGUCAACUUCAACUGACUGCAACUGUUAAAAAAAAAAACACACACACCUCUUCUUUUCUUUACGCAAAUUGCGAUUCUUUAAAGACUGGAAACCAUGUAAUCGUUCGCAGAUAACACGGUGAGUGUGAAUGCACUACCAGCGAGAUCACGCGGGGCCUGGUUUAGACAUCAACGGCUGUUUUGCUCCUAAAAUGUCGCACGCCGAUAGCCCGCGCGCGUUAGCCUAGCAUCCUUGUUUCAACCUCGGAAGAAUUGAAAUUAAUCCAGCCGACUAUCACGGUUUACCUUAUUACGCAAAUGCAAGAACUAGGAUAAUGACUUAAGUCAAUCAUGACCUCGUUGUCAUCAUCAUCGUCUCAGUUAACGGGGUCAAGCUCUUCAUGCAGGACUCUUCCAGGGGAAGGGACUCAGGUCCACCCCAGAGCUCCUCUUCUGCAGAUCCUGAGAGUAGCAGGUGCUCGGGAGGAGGUGUUUACCCUGAAGGAGGUCAUGCACUACCUGGGUCAGUACAUCAUGAUGAAGGAGCUGUAUGACAAACAGAGACAGCACAUUGUCCACUGUCAAGACGACCCACUUGGAGAGCUACUGGAAGUGGGGAGCUUUUCUGUUAAGAACCCCAGCCCCGUGUAUGAGAUGUUGAAGAGGAAUUUGUUUAUUUUGAAUAAUUCGGAUGCAGCAAAGAAUCUUUCAGUGGGCAAGGAUUCUAAUGAGUCUCCAAGUGAAGAUCCUGGUCAGGUUUCCAGUGGGUCGACUAGCUCUGGACAGGCUCACAUUGCUGGUAGUUCCAGCACUGGCGCAACGCAGAGCUGCUCACAACGCAGGCCACGCGAUCCUGACGAAGACUCCUCAGAUGGCUUGCCCAGGUCUGCUUCCAAACGACCAAAGCUGGACGUUACUCUGGAAGAGUGGGAUCUUUCUGGGUUGCCUUGGUGGUUUCUGGGUAACUUACGAAAUAAUUACACUCGCCGGAGCAACGGUUCAACGGAUAUUCACACCAAUCAACUCUCUCCCGGACAGGACGAGGACACAGCCAUCGUUUCUGACACCACCGAUGAUCUUUGGUUUCUGAAUGAGGCAGAGAGUGAGCAAGUGAGUGUGGAGAUGAAGGAGGCAGUGCUAGAGCAGGGAAGUGAUGCGGAGUCUCCACACGAAGAAGAGGACGCCGGGAAAGAUAGUAAAGAUGAUAGGAAGAUGCAAGAAGAUCGGGAUGAUGACUCUCAGUGUUUAAGUGACGACACUGAUACUGAGAUCUCCACACAGGAUGCAUGGCAGUGUUCAGAGUGCCGCAAAUUUAACACCCCUCUUCAAAGGUACUGUAUGCGCUGUUGGGCUCUGCGGAAAGACUGGUACAAGGAUUGUCCCCGUCUUGUGCACUCAAUCUCUGUGCCAGACAUCCCCGCCUGCAGUUCACGUCCUGAGAGGGAUGAAGACGAGGAGGAUGAUGAUGGAAUCGACAUGCCUGACUGCCUUAGGACUGUGUCUGACCCAGUCGUCCUUCCCUCGCACCACGUCUCUAGAAACAUCCCCCCAUCAUCCGCCUCCUCGUCUAAAGGAAAGGGUCCUUCCCAGCUUCACCACCACUUACAGGAGAGCUCAGAGGGAGACAGCCAGGACACGCUAGACAUGGAGACGGAAUGCCAACCGGAGGCCAUACUGGAGCCCUGCAAGCUGUGCCGAGUGCGGCCACGAAACGGCAACAUCAUCCACGGCCGCACAGCUCACUUGAUCACCUGUUUCCCCUGCGCCCGCAAGCUACACAAAUUUCAUGCUCCUUGCCCAGGCUGUGGCCAGGUUAUACAGAAGGUCAUUAAAACCUUCAUAGCUUGACCAAAACAUCUUAAAGGCACGCAUGUAUUAUAAGCUCGCACUCGCAUACUAGUUUUAAAAAAAAAUGUUCCCUAUAUGGACGUAGGCAGAGAGGUUGACAAACUAUUUCUGGGCUAAAAUGAAAGCACGCUCUAUCUAUGACGAUGAUUUAUAUUGUAUAGUCCAAAAUCAAGUAUAUAUAAUGUACAGAAUGUAAUUUAAAGGCCUCGUAUUGUUGUCCUGCCGUUGUUUUGUUAAGAUAACAAAACGUGUUUUGUUUGCGUCUGCUUGGCAUCUUUAAGGUGAAAGAGAGUGUUAGCCGUCUUGAUUGGCCUCUGAGCGUGGGAAGGUGUGAAUCAUGGGUCAAAAAUAUGAAUAGACCCAGAAAAAAUGCAUGGCUUCAGUAUUUGUGCCUGCAUGAGCAAUUAAACGCCUGCCUUUUUACUACUCUAAACAGACCGGACGGUGUGCUAUAGCGCUUUAAAUAUACUUGACCAACUUUAGUUUUACUUUUUUUGUUUUGUUUUUUCUUAGAAGAAUAGAAUAUACUUUCCUCCCCUGGCAGAUUUCAGGCACUUAAAAAACUAAAGCUUUAGGAGUCACUCCUCAUGAUGUUUAGUAUGCCUGAUUAAGGGUUUUUUCCAUGGUGCUUUAAGCCGAUUUAUAUUGGAAUAUUUAUUUAUUUAUUAAUACAGUUUUGGGGUGUAUCUGGGGUGACCAGUCAGAUGUCAUUCUUGUGCUAUAGUGAGAGGACCAAUUGUAUUACAGAUGAAGUAUUAAAAUUUUCAUGUGUGGGAGCUAUAAUAGAAAAGAGUAGUUAGGCCCAUGGCCAUGGUUUUCACUUCCUAUUUUUUUUUUUUUUUUUUUGUUUGCUGAAGACGCUCCGCUCUUUCUUUCCAUUGUUUGUUUGGUUUCUAUACCUGAACAGAUUUGAGGACAAUCUGUGCUGUCUAUUCAGUCUUUUGCCUUUCAUUCACACACGUGCCUGUUUCAUGAAGGUUAAGGAAUUGCAAGGUAAGGUGACAUUAAUGGAAAAUGUGUUUUGAAAGCCAAGUCUACCAUACUGCCAUAUUUUCUUUCCUCCUCAAAAUCUGUAUAUUUGGCAGUGUUAAAAUUGUAAAACUGACGAGAUAUAUGGGAUUUUAGGGUUAUUAUCCUCUGCUUUUCUUAGUACCGUGUUGUUUCCCGUAACAAAGUGGAUACUGUCUGUUGUAUUAAGCACAGCAAUUGAGGGCUUUUUGAAAAGGAAAUCUUGUUCUCGGCCAUUAGUUGGUGAUAGAGCUUUCACACAAAAUCAAUAGGUCUAGCUUUGCUUUUUUCUAAUAAAUGCUGUGUUGUUUAACUUUUUGAGGAUCUAAAUUUAUCUUGAACUUUUUAUGUGUGUGUGUGCUAAAAAACACUGCUAUUUCACUGCCAUUCAAUGCCUUAGUGUGGAAUCAAAAACUAUUUCAUACUAAGGCUAAGCCAAUGCAAUUAUGUAAUGAAGUCAGUUUGUUUUGUUUGUUUGCUUGUUUGUUUUAUCGAACAUCUUUUCUGCUCAAAUUUAAUAUGAACAGUAAUUUUUUUUUCUUAACUGUCUCAUGAGUAAUGUAACCAAUGGGAAUAAAUGCUGCUUUUCAGUUUUA